UCUUCAGGAGGCAUUGGCCUGCUUGUCUAUCCCAGGGGAAACUCAGAUCCUUAAGACUGCCCAUUAGCCUUAUGUCCCAGGAGUCCUUUGAGCCACCUAGCAGAAUUUGGUCUAGGGGCAGAAAAUUCUUGUGUGUGUCCUGUGGAGUGGGGAGCAUCCCAGCCAGUGUGUGAGUGGGAUUUGAGGAUCUGAGGGAGGUGCUGGUUCUUGACCUUUGCCAAGGAAGGAGAACUGUGUACAGGGCUCCUGAGUUUGGUUGGCAGGCUGUGCAUAGGUGAGCAUGUGACACUUGGGAGGAGAAAUAGGCAGGGUCCGGGGAUCUCCCUAUGGAGAAGGGACCGUAGUCCACACAAGGAGCCAUCUGUAAAGGAGGGGCCUGAGCAUUGUUUGCAAGGGGCCUAGUGCCUCUGGGACACGCCUCUAAGAUCCCUCCCCUAUGCGGCCCCACGCCCACUGGCCAGCCGGAGCUCUUGCACAUCUGGCAUCCUGCACACAUCUGGACAGGGGUGCUGGAGCAUGAACAGCUCACAGGCAGACAGUGUGGCCCAAGCUGCUUGGCUGAGCUCCUGCUGCAACCAGUCUGGGGCACUGCUAGAGUCGCCGGAGGGGCCUCGCGUGGUGCAGGCUGUGGUGCUGGGUGUGCUGUCGCUGCUCGUUUUCUGCGGGGUCCUGUUCCUGGGCAGCAGCCUCCUUGUCCGUGCCCAUGGCCUGACAGGGCUGCUGGCUCAUGAGCGGCGUGCAUCCCUCGAGGCUGAGACCAGCAGAGGCGACAACUAGGUGCCAGGCUGUAUUGGGGUUUGCGUGCCCUACACCUGUGAAAGAGGCCUUUCUUCCAUGCCAGCAUGCAGGGCACAGGACUGCUCCCCUCCAGCUGCUGUCCGGAGAACUGCCACCUUUGACCCAUUCAUCCUGCAGAUGACAGACUGGGAGGCCCUGGACUGUGGUGACAUCCUGGGGCCCUUGUACCCAGCUGCUGCCUCUGAGCUGCUCCCCUCGACCCUCUGAAGUACCGCUGGGUGUAGACCUGUGGGGUCUGUGCUCUAGGAAUGAUUAUGGGCUGCUGUAUGUCCUUCUGGAAGUGGCCACACAUCCUGGGUGCUCAGUGCAAGAGAUGCUGUGCCCUCUGUCCACCAGGUCUCUGUGGACAUGAGCUCAGUCUCAUCCUGUGUGGUGUGGGCACUGCUGAUGUGAGAGGCCACUGAUGUGUCCCUGCUGAGGGCUACUGGUGAGUGCCACCCAUUUGGAAGCCCAGGGUACUUGUACAAUCCAGAAAUGGCCCAUCACUUUC